AUGCCUAGUCUCGUGCUGCAGACGAAUGUGAAGGUGCCUGAUGUCGGAGCAUGGGCCAAUGAGUUCUCCAAGCUUUCUGCCGAGUUCCUGGGAAAGCCCGAGUUGUACAUAUCGGUCAGCUACAACUACGACGAGAACCUCUCUUUCGGGGGCACGUUCGAGCCUGCCUUCCUUCUCACCAUCACGAGCCUUGACAACAUCAAUCCGGAGGUGAACGAGAAGUACAGCAAGAUUAUCUUCGACCAUUUCCAAAAGACGCUCGGUACCCCCGGUAAUCGCGGUUACGUAGUUUUCAACGAUCCGGGCCGCGAUUUUAUGGGACAUAAAGGCACGACGGUUGCCGCGAUCUUUGGAAAUUAGACAUGAAGUCUAAUUUGACUCCUAGGGCGCCUUACAACGAAGAAGGUUGUCGAUCCGCUGUGAAUGUUUAUCGAUAGUCGUGCCAAUCAAGCUGCGUAGUAGUGAGUCCAAAAUUACUUAG